AUGCAGGGAAAUAAGAGUAUUGUGAGGCUUAAAUCUAGCGGUUCUCCGUUGGAAGUCAACACCAAAAUGCAGAAAUCCAAUAACGAGGGUGGAACCAGCGAGUUCUCUGUGGAAAUGUGCAUCAUAUACUCCCUCACCAACACCCUCGUAACUAUGAAAACAACCGAGGAGGGUUUCGCCGGUUGUGUAAAAGCCGUGUACGUCGACCUCUCCGAGGACAGUGGUAAGGGUUCUUUCGCUAAUCUGAGCCUGCGAGUCACGAGAAACGAGAGGUAUGGCAUUUUAUGCAAUUACAUGAACACCAAAUUCGUGGGAUCCUAUGAUUCGUUUCAGGAGAAUUACUCCGUCCCACCUUUACCUGACAGAGAAGUGAUUCGUUACUCUUGUCGUGAGAGUGGUUCCGGAGGGUGUUUCACUCUGGAGAAGAAGAAGGACGAAGAUGGUGUGGUGAAGAGAGUGAAGGUCACUCACGAUUUCGUCUUUGGCGAAGAGACCAUGCACGUGAAAGUGAAAAUAAGGAAUGAUGAUGGUGGAAGAGAAGAAGGGUUGAAUGUUGAAGUUGAAGGGCCAGUGAAGCUUACAACUGAUUAUAUGAACCAUGUGAUUUCGAGAACGGAGAGGAAGAUGAGAAGUGUGAUUGAGGCCAGUAAGGUUCCAGUUAUUGGCAACGGCGCCGGUCAACCUUCUCCGAAGGAUGGCGGCGGAGAGGGUGGUGACCAACGCAUGCGUAUGAACUGGUUGAUUACCCAGAGGACUGAUAGACCUAUAUAUAAUCCAACCUUUUAUGUGUGA